AUGGUAGCUUUAUCUGGCGGUCAAGCCGCAGACGUGGCGUCUGAUACCUCAGCCGGCUCAAUGCAACCCGCUCGCAAGCCGACAACGUCGAGACCGCCUCCCUCGCCGGCCUUUCUUGCCCGACUGGAACGCUUCGAAGCCGAAGCUAGGCAAGAUGCAGCAGGCAGACCUGCUCGGGCGUUGAUGGUACCUGCGCAUGCCCAGCGGUUUCGCAGAGUCAGUCUUCCAGCGUCGUCUGACGCUUCAGCAAGUAAUGAUGGGCCUGAAAGGGUGACAGAUCGAUCGAGACAGGCCACGAGAGUUGUCAGCGCGCAAGUACGGCGGGGGACAGCACCUCAAACGUCGACUCCAAAGCCGAAUGUCGCUGCUGGCCCUGCUACGCGUGGGCGACUUGGUGACAUGGAUUGGCAGCCGCGCGACAGGAGGAUCGACGGACUUCCAGAAAACAGCGAUCACGCAUCCCUGUUUGGUCUGGACAAGGCACCAUCACCUCCGGUGGCGCCCGACAGGACCGACGCUCCCGUGCGUGCACCCUCGUUCGAACAGAACAAGGUUACGCCUUCCAAACCAGUCCCGUCGAGUGGCAAGCAAGCACAUAUAGUGCCGGCGUCCCGACGCGUACGGCGGCAUUCGGAUGCCCCCCUGCAGCCAGCGGCGGGUGGUGACAAUGCCAACCAUCUAGCACUUCUACAUCCAACAUCCCCGGAACUUGCUCAGCCAAGCGCCAGAGCGGUCCAUGCUCGACCUGUGCCUGCUCUUCAGAACAUAUCCUUGGAGCUGCCCAUCAGCGGUCCUUUCUCACGUUUGGCGCCACCCUCCACAUCCCCACAUCAGUGUCCUAUCCCCUCGCCAGCACGAACCGAAAAGCGCCCGCGGAGUGGCCAGACUCGGACAGAUAUACCCAGCCGACAAAGGACGCGAGAUGGGUCUUCGUCGCCGGAUCAUCGACCAUCUCAACCGAAUCAACAAGAUGAAAUACUACACGCACAUGACCCCUUGUCGAGACCGAGCGAAAGCACUGCUGGCCCAAGUCUGUCUUCCACCCCUUCACGUGAUACGAGAGCACCUCCGCGUGAUGCUGAUGGAGUCGUCAAACCGAAGGCGAGGCCUAGCCGGCGGCUGGACCACGGGGGCAAACCCGAAUUUGAAGACUGUCCGUGCAAGUCCCCGGAUGCAUCCAAGCCGACCACUCCGACAUCAAGCAAAUCUCCUGCUGCUGGACUCUCGCCGAUACAGUCUCCGGAUGGCUGUCGUGUUGCCCAGCCAGCAGCCAAGGUGUUCGCAUGUGAUGCCCCGCCGUUGCACCUCCCCGUACUGGACGCCUACUUGGGAGACCCCGUCCGCUUCACCGCACCCAUCUUUACCGACGCAAACGCAAUUGCCACCGAUGAAGAGAGAGAGCUUUACGGUUAUGACAGAAGAAGGGGGAAAUUAGGCAGGGGCGACCUGCUUGAGGUUGCGGGCGCCCAACUUUUGGUGCCCAGUCGAGCUGCAGAGCCCAACACCGGCGUGCGUCGGCGGACAGCGAUGCCCAACAACCCAGUCGAUGAGGACCAAAAGCUGCUGCGUCAAGAGAAUGGAGCUUCGCCUCCGUCCCCUGCAGAUGGAGAUGCAGAUCUGUCAUUGACGCUCAGCACCGGCAUCGUUAGCGAUACCGUCUCACUUGGGGGUUCUUCAUCACUCUCCUCGGCAAGCAAGCCACAAACCAGACUGGAGAUGUUCCCGCCUCUGAUGCUACUAAAAGAGUCAUCGCUCGACGAGCUCAAGUCAAAUGCCGUAGGACCUCGGAAGCCUCCAGGUGGUUUCUUGGCCAAAUUGCCGCCGAUGGGAAGCAUGAUCAGCACCGUUGUCGAUUUUAUCAUUGGUAUGGAGGGCAGCGCCUUUGCUGCGGGCAUCUUCCGACUUGAGCUGCUACGAGACUUUGCCCAAAUCAUGGCUCUGCAGCUGCACUUUGACGUCUCCCCUUCAACGGGCGGGACAGAAAAGUGGAGCGCGAGAUGGAUCAUCUUGCACUUCAUACCGUCUAUAUUGGCGCUUGACUUUGUUAGCAUUCUUGGCAAAGCGCUCAUCUUGUUGCUCAUUUGGAUAAUCGUCGUUGCUGCUUUGCUGAUCAAGUUUUGGAGGAUGACUCGCGCUCCAAACCCGAAUCGCACGAUCGAGGGCUUUGUCUCCCAGCCAUGGUUGUUCACGUCACCGUCCAUGGGCACGAAGCUCGUCAACAUCCUCACCGUCUUCAUCUUGACAACGCUGUACAUCCCUCUAUCCAAGCUGGCAGUCGACACCAUCACUUGGUCCUCGGACUUCUGGCCGGUCCCCAACCCCUAUGCGAACGGCGACAAUGUCGGCGAUCUUGCACCACUUGGUCCCGCAUCGCGUUUUCGAGAUCCGAUGGACUUCUGCUGGACCACCACCAUGCAAAAAGACGAGUUCAAUUUUGCUUGGCUAGCCGUGCCUAUUGCUGUUUUGACAGUGAUCAUAUAUACUCUGUGGUACCCGUACGCGAUGGCGAAGACGAUUCGACCGCUACUGCCCCGCGUCAGCGAUUUCAACGAGCUUGGAGUGCCGCGUAGUGAAGAUGAGAAGGAGGUAGAGUAUCUUCGCCUAUUGGAGCGCGAUCGAUCGCCUCUCAACUUCAUGUACAAGGCUUACAGGAGGCGAUGGGGCUUCUGUGAGUGUUCUAUGUGCUGAGACGAAAGAGUCCCUUGCUGGUCCUGAUUCAAAAGCUCCCCUCAGACAAACCGCUCUACAUCUUAUGCUUUAAGCUGUCGAACAUUUUGGUGAUCGGUAUCGUGACCAAAGAUAACUGCUUGUUCAGGUCCAUGCCUGGACGAACCAUGCUAGUCGUGCAGCAAAGCACUCUCAUCGUCUUGUGGAGUGUUCUUUUCGCCAUCCACCUGUACGUCGUGCCGUUCAACGAUCGGAUCAGCAACCGGUCAGAACUGGUAAGUAGCCAACGCGUCCAAGCGUGAGACGCUUUUGCUUAUCAUAGCAACCCAAUCGCACAGGUUUCCCGAGCCGGCUACGUGCUCACCGCCGUCGUUGGUUUGCUUGUUGCGCUUCAAGUGCAAGGAAGCACGGUGUAUCGGUCCACGAUUCUUUACCUCAUCCAAGCUCUGACGUAUGCGGGAAAUAUCUACUUCUCCUUGGCCGGCACCGGCUGGAUGGAGCACCUGGUCAAACGAGCUCAAUCGCGGAUAGACUUCAGCAUCGACAUCUUCUCGCCUGCUCUAGACCUCGAUAAGCAUGCGAAGCGGCGCAUUUGGCAAGAGACACUCUCCACUCUGCUCCUAUGCGCACGCCCUUAUCACAUGCGUCCCGGCAAAGUAGUUGCCUUUUCCAUCGCGGACGAUUGGCCACCCUACAUGCUGUGGUUCGAGGGCUCGCCGGCUGAGCGACAUGUCGAGAACCUUAAGAUCCUCAAGGCGAUUGGCAGCGACACUUAUCGAGAGCAAGUUGACCUCCUGCGCAAUGGCGAAAACGCGGCACGUCUCACUGCAGUGAUGGACGCAAUCCAGUACCGAAUAGCUGGUCCGGAUGCGUAUUGGCGGCCCACCAAGCCACCAUUCCCCGUUGGCGUCUCUUCGUGGUUUGGAAAGGCUUUCCUAGUGCCAUUUCCACCGACGCUGGUCAUGCGGUACGACCAAGUCCAGGGAGACGAGACCGUGCAGCUCAGGACUCUGGAGGAGCUCGAGCUCUUCGUGGCACAAAAUGAAGAUCCAGAGGUGCUGUCUCGUCGUUGGGUGCGGACAGCUCUACGUGCACUGGACGGUCAGCUAGUUCAAGCUCCUCACACUGAAGUGAUGCAGAUCGGCGGCCGUCUUCCUUCGUCUGAGAGUUUCUUGCAAAGGCGACGAAGCCGCGUACGGGCGGCACUCGGUUUAGGUCCUCGUCAAGGUUCAGGCGAAUUCACCCUCGCGUGUCCGACCUCGUACGAGACUGGCACCCUUCGCAUCGCUCGGAGGGAGCUCGGUUGGCAGGGAGGCCCGCACAACUUUGCUUCCGGGUUCGAAGUGACAGUCACCUAUGCCGAGGGCACCCGGCAAGACCCUGAAGGCCUUACUCGAGUCCGCAAAGCCCUGACGGUCGAUGGUACGACGGCGUUCGGGUUACACGACGACUUUAGACUCACUUCCGAUUUGGUGCGCUUCUUGCGUGCCAAUGAGCACAUCGUUCAUGCGCAUCGAGACAAUGUCGAGCGGAAGCUACAACAGUACCGAGAUGGCUAUGCCACUGAGGCUAUCCGCAAAAGAGAGACGCUCGACUAUGCUUUCCUGACGGACGUCUUUGACGCACCAACGUUGGACCGCGUUCAGCUGCGUCAGACUUUGAGGUUGGUGACCCGAGAUACUUCAGUGCAGCACCUCCCGCGCCAGUACAGAGCGGCAAUGACCCUGCUUCACGAGCGACUGAUGCACGUCAAUCAGAGCCCUGUCCACAAAUGGUGGUGGCUCUUCUGGGACGACCUCUGGCGUCAAAAUGGACGCGACUACAGCCAAUUACGACGACAUCGCCGUGCCUUGUGCCCACACUUCCCCUCUAGCAUCGCCUAUCAGCCAAUGCCCCGCGCCGAAUUGGAGCGCUUUCUGGAUCAACGCGGAUUGUGGCAACGUCAGGGAGCGAGGGGCGUCAUCAACCGCGGCUUACUGAACCGCCUGUAUUUCUAUCUCAAUAUGAUCGUCUUCGCUCGGACACGCUCGUGGAUCAAGACUCACACCAUGAAAGACCAGCCUAAUCCUUUUGCCGACCCACCUCUCUUGCCGGCCAGUGCGACAUCGGAGCGGAUUGCUCGGCACCGAAGCGAUGCAGCGGUACGCGUCGCUCUCGGUACCGUUCGGGCCGACGGACGUGUCGAGGUAGAGGAGCACGAUAUCAACACAAUUGACUCUAGUCUGGACCCUAUGUCUCAUUUUACGGGUGGCGGAACUAAUCACGACGGCAGCAACAUCAUCGAGAGACCCGCCUGGCCUUGGGCCGAGCAAAGGCUUGGUGGUCGACCGCUCCUCACCCGCUCCGAGCGCAUAUGGUGAGCUGUGGAAAAGCACAUUGAUACUAGCAUUUCCCAAACUCACCAGCCUCCUUCUUCUAUUGCCAGGGACCGCGUCAUGGAGUGGCUCGCUCUCCAGCCAUACAAGGUGAACGCUCAUUUGCGGACGCUGUAUCUAUACCUUGAUCUGGUAGAUGGACCAAACGGGUCAAGAUACGAGCUUCCUGGCACGCAUCAGGAAUCUGCGUUUGCCGAGCGGGUCGCAGAAGAAUUACCCCGCACCUAUCCGAAGAUAGAAGAAACCGCAGAGGAAAUCGCCUUGGAUCGUCUGUCUCGCCAUAUUUGA